AUGGUUCGUGUCGUGAAGAAGUUGUCGCUGCUGCUCCUUGUCGUCGUCGGGCCCGUCGUCCGGGCCGCAGAAGCCGGCAAUGAUGGAGACUGCAAAAUGGCAGAAGCCGAGCUGAUGACGUGGCUGGUGCUCGCCUCGGUGAUCCCGUUGAUCAUCAACCUCACCACCUUCGUCCUCACCAUCCUCACGAUUCUACAGCUGCGCAAGAUGAAGAACAUCACCGAGUCGAUCACGUCCAGCACCCACUGGCUGUCCCGCUCGGCCAUCCGCGUCGGCAUCGGCGCCACGGCCAAGAAGGCCCUCCUCGACUAUGCGCGGACGAAAGAAGAGCUCAAGAUGCUCAUCCCCACCGCCACCGGCGACAAGAAGAAUCAA